CAGCGUGCCACGGCACGGCCGCUGGCGUGGCGGCAAGGGGAGCGCAGGGGUGGGGACAGGGCUGUGCUUCCCCUUGGUGGAGGCAGGCGAAGGUGGAGUUAUCCCGUUGUUCGUCCUGGAGAGCUGGUCGGACAGGAAUUGGAGUAGCAGUGGGGUGCAGCAGGCAAGCGGCUCCGGUGGCCUGGUCCCGCUCCUGGUCCCGGUCCCGGUCCUGGUCCUGCCCGCUCAUGUGGGGACCCUGAUGGAUCCGGCUGCCAACCUUGGGGCUGAGGGCAGGGCUGGGCCGGGGGCAUCGAGGGGAUCUGAUGGUCUGAUCCUGGCCUGGUGAAGAUGUGUCAAGUGGGCCACCUCGAUCCCAGCGGCCACCAAAGGGUCCUCAUGAAAACGGGCCUCAUCCUCCUCAUCAUCGGGCACCUCAACUUCAUCACCGGCGCCUUCAUCCACGGCACCGUCCUCCGCUUCGUGGUCAACCCCCGGGACGCCGUCUCCCUGCAGUACGCCGUCACCAACGCCGCCUCCGUCAUCUCCGCGCUGCUGGGAAAGGGGACCAACGUCCCCGGGGCAGGCGGGCACCGUGCAUCGCUGACCUCCCCACGCUUCCUCGCAGACCAUCUCCUGCGGAAUAGCUGCCCUCGUGCUGUCCCGCUGCCUCGCCCCCGCCACCCUCAAAUGGGCGGUUUUUGCCCUGAGUGCCAGCAGCAGCCUGGGCUGCCUGUCCUGCCUGCUGGGGCUGGCCGUCUCCAUCGGGCUGACGCUGGGGAGCCAGGGCCGGGCACUGCUGGCCCCCUGCACCAUCGCCGACGUCGCCCUUGCCCCGGUCUCACGCGAGUGCCCCUUCGAUCCCACGCGCGUCUACAGCUCCACACUGUCCCUCUGGGCUAUCUCCCUCCUGCUCGACUUGAUGGAGAUCAUCUUUGGCAUCCGCUGCCUCCUGCUCACCCUCGACCUCCUUCGCCUCGGCCGCUGCUGCGGCAGGGCGCACCGGAGAAAGGUCUCCUUGCGGGCAGACCCUGCGGAGAACCCCGACCCCGGGCAGUGCCUGGGCUUGCUGAGGCUGGACAGCGUGGAAACUGCCCGGCUCUGAGCAGGGCCCAAGGGCUGAUGCCGUGGAUGUGCCCGGGCCAGUCCUGCCCCAUCCUAGCACCCGCACAGCCCCACAUUGGGACCUGGCUGCUCCCCAGCCCGGCUAUGGGGCAGACACGUCCCCUGGACGGCACCAGCCGAGACACGUGAGCCCAUCCCCGUGGCCUCAGGUCGCCUGGGGCUGCAGCGAGGAAGGCGACUGGGCUGGAUCCGGACCCUGUGGGGAGGAACUUUCCCCUCGGCAUCGACGGCCCCUUUCCCACCACUGACUGCACUGACACAAACU